GCCGCCCGCUCCCAUCCAACUCGCCGGCCAACCACAACACCACUGCCACUCUGCUCGACUCUGUUCUCCUCGACUGCAGUGUGUACAAACAUACAAUACCCCCGACUACACCCACUCCACUUGCACGCAACACACAUUUCUACAUCGCAUUUCCGGAACACAGCGGCAACACCACCAUCAUGUCUUGGACAGGGUUCAAGAAGGGCGUCAAUCGCGCAACCACGCAAGUGUUAAUGAAGACGGGCCAGGUCGAGCGCACAAAUGAUCGCGACUUUGAGACUGAGCAGCGACGCUACCGAACCAUGGAAACGGCGGCGAACAAGCUGCAAAAGGAAGCAAAAGGCUACCUCGACUCGCUCCGUGCCAUGACGGCCUCGCAGAUGCGCAUUGCCGAAACUAUUGACGCCUUCUACGGAGACGCCGGGACUAAGGAUGGAGUAUCGCGCUCCUACAAGCAAGCCGUUACCGACCUGGAUGCCGAGACAAUCAAAGCCCUCGACGGUCCCUACCGAACCACAGUUCUCGACCCCAUCCAGCGCUUCUGCUCCUACUUCCCCGACAUCAACGCCUGCAUCACCAAGCGCGAACACAAGCAGAUGGACUAUGAUCGCAUGCGCGCCCAGGUCAGGAAGUUGACGGACAAGCCCGACAAGGACGUCACGAAGCUCCCGCGUGCUGAGAAGGAUGAGCAACUUGCCAAGGCUGCCUACGACCAGCUCAACGACACCCUAACGGCCGAACUACCACAGCUCAUCGACCUGCGAGUACCCUAUCUAGACCCAAGUUUCGAAGCGCUAGUCAAGAUCCAGUUGAGGUUCUGUGCCGAGGCCUACUCGAGAAUGGCACAGGUACAACAGUAUCUCGAUGCCAAUACAAGAGAUCAGUAUGCUCAGGGUGAGCUGGAUGCGCGUGUCGAGGAGGUUCUGCAGGAAAUUAGGGACCUCAGUAUUGCGGGGACUGUCUAAGGGUUUAUGAGAGAACAAAGGACUUGACUUUCUAGUGCAUCACGUGCAGUAAUUCUUCUUGAAGGCGUUGGGAAUGAUCCGGUUUGCGGGAUUAUUUGGGUUAGAGAGCAAGGGCGAUGACCUGACAAGGCUUCGUACGAACAUCGUUUUCUUUAUUUCGUCGAAUGCUAUUGACUCGAUUUCUCAUUGACCAAGUUCUACUCUGGUGGAGGUGCAAUCCAUAUGACUUUAGAUAUUGCCCACCCUGUACCCAAACUUCAACAUGUCCUGGUUUUCAAUCUCAUUUUUCUUUUCUACCAAUUCAUCCACGUCCCACUUUGCACUUAGCAGCCGUCCAUUAAGCUACAUGCGCUUCUCACGACUUAGCCAGACACAAAAUGCAC